GACCAAGAGGUUACAGCUGCAGUAAGGGGGAGAAAGAGCCAGGCAAAAAAAUAGUACAAAGACAGCCGAGUGAAUUAGGGAGGGGUUUUAACCGUUUUAAUUUGGGUAAGAACACUGGUUCCCCCUCCAGAAAUCGUUUUAAUUUUUUAUCGUCUGAUAAAUGAGGUGCGAAUGGGCUUUUAAAGUCUGAAAAAGAUAAGUCGAGAAAUUAAAAGAAAAAAAUUACCUCAGGAUUGAAUUGAACUGAAGGAUCCGCCAUGGCAGGAACCACCACCACCACCACCAUCAUCACCACCACCAUCCUGCAUUGAGCUCAGUCAAGAUCAAUGUGGAGUUCUGAAAUUAUUCAGAUUUAUUUCUGGCGAUUCGUUUUGUAAGACGAAUAGAAAAAAAUAUACACAACUAAUUUGUCUGGGAAAAAUUAUCGCGAUGAAACCUGGUGGACAGGAUUAAAAUUAAGAAAGAGGGGAAAGAAACUAAAGGAUCAUAGAAGAGUCUUUAAAAAAUAUAUGUUUGAAAAAUUAGAUGUCGCUUUAAAGUAAUCAUGAGUGGUCGACCCAGGACAACGUCUUUUGCUGAGAGCUGCAAACCUGUGCAGCAGCCGUCUGCUUUUGGGAGCAUGAAAGUCAGCAGGGACAAAGAUGGCAGUAAGGUGACAACAGUAGUGGCAACCCCUGGACAGGGGCCUGACAGGCCACAGGAAGUCAGCUACACAGACACCAAGGUGAUUGGUAAUGGAUCCUUCGGCGUGGUUUAUCAGGCAAAGCUAUGUGACACAGGAGAGCUGGUGGCCAUCAAGAAGGUUUUGCAAGACAAGAGAUUUAAGAAUCGUGAACUGCAGAUAAUGCGAAAACUGGAUCAUUGUAAUAUCGUUCGAUUACGAUACUUCUUUUACUCAAGUGGAGAAAAGAAAGAUGAAGUGUACCUCAACUUGGUGCUAGACUAUGUUCCGGAAACCGUGUACAGAGUUGCCAGACAUUACAGCCGAGCCAAGCAGACACUCCCAAUGAUUUAUGUAAAAUUGUAUAUGUAUCAGCUGUUCCGGAGUUUAGCAUACAUCCAUUCCUUUGGAAUUUGCCACCGGGAUAUCAAACCACAAAAUCUGCUGCUUGAUCCUGAUACAGCUGUGCUAAAACUUUGUGACUUUGGCAGUGCAAAACAAUUGGUGCGUGGUGAACCAAAUGUUUCUUACAUCUGCUCACGGUACUAUAGGGCACCGGAGUUGAUCUUUGGUGCCACGGAUUAUACCUCCAGUAUAGAUGUAUGGUCAGCUGGCUGUGUAUUGGCAGAGCUAUUGCUAGGGCAGCCCAUCUUCCCUGGUGACAGCGGUGUUGAUCAGCUGGUAGAAAUUAUAAAGGUCCUGGGAACACCAACAAGGGAGCAAAUCAGAGAGAUGAAUCCCAACUACACCGAGUUCAAAUUUCCACAGAUCAAGGCACAUCCUUGGACUAAGGUCUUCCGACCCCGCACUCCCCCAGAAGCUAUUGCGCUCUGUAGCCGACUGCUUGAAUAUACACCAACCGCCCGUCUGACACCUCUAGAGGCAUGUGCACAUACAUUCUUUGAUGAACUCCGGGACCCAAACGUCAAGUUACCAAAUGGACGUGAGAAACCUUUACUGUUCAAUUUCACUACUCAAGAACUGUCGAGCAACCCAGCGCUGGCAACAAUCCUCAUCCCUCCUCACAUUCGGAAUCAGGCUCCUGCUUCAACUCCAACAAAUGCUUCCGCAGUGUCAGAUACAAAUACUGCUGUGGACCGUGGGCAGUCAACCAAUGCAGCUUCAGCCUCUGCAUCCAAUUCAACCUGAGAAUGGGGUAACCCUGCCUCAGAUUUCCAGUCAGCUGCAAAAAAGCUGGUCAAUUAUGGAAAAACAAUGUCAUUAGUGUUCAUUUUAUUUAAUCUUGUUUUUAAAAAAAGUACACAAAUUAUACAAACCAAUCAUUUACUCACUGAAGAGGGAUUGAAAAGGAAUGUGGGGCAAGGUUAACUCCUCCCUCGACAAUCUUUAUUGAAGUCUGCCAUAGUGUUCUAAUCUCCCCCAACUUCGUCCAAACACAUGAAACACUGUGAUGUGUUUCACUCUGUAGUGCAGGGUUUGGAUUUGGCAAAGAAGAUUGCCAUCAGGUUCCUUCUAAAGAAUCUGAGUAAGAGGUGGUAGUAUUUUGAUAAAGGUAUUAGGUUUAUCCGUACCAGCACAAAUGGACAAUACAAAUCCACUCAAGCAAUCGCUAUCAAAAAAGACUCUGCAGUCACCAUAAUACUUCCCUGCAUUGGUUGAGGUGAAGUUUGACAUGUUCAGUCCCUAUAUUUUGUCACUAGAUUUGACUGUUCAGGGCUAAUGGUUAUUUUUUUGUGGUCCAAUGCACUCUGUACUGGCCCCAUUUAUUUAAAGCAAGACAUUGCAAAAUCAGUGUAGUGUGUCAUCUCUAGUUAAAUAUAUAGCUAAAUCCAUAGGUCUCAGUAGGUUUCUGAUCUCCAAAUGAAAUACAAUCUUGAGUUCCCAACAAAGUGUAAAAAUGAACCCAUUGAUUUCAGACUUCUUCCCUCUUCUCUACCCCACCCAUUUUAUUAUUUUUUGUACAUAAAGUAUGUGGACCUGGGAACUGAUGAGAGCGACAAACAUUCAGGGCAAAUUUUGUUAAUUGUAGGAGAGCUUUUAAGCCAUAUAGUUUCAAUUCUGUACUAUAGGUGCGGCUACAAUGUAACAAGGAAUUAAUUAGUGCUGUAUAGUAUCUAGUUUGGAGUGCCUUUUGCUUCCAAUGUUUGAUUUUUUUUUAAUUGUCCCUCACUGAAGUAUAUUUGCUGUUUCUUUCAUAUUUAACCCUUUAUGUACCUUUUUAAGUUGACCUAUCAAUUAGAAAAUUUUAUUUUUAUUGGUUGUCAUAUUCACACUGCAGUUGGAAAAGAGUUGUACAGAAUUGUUGAACACUUCAAAAGUUGCAUAUUUCAUUAGUUAAAUGUUUGGGCUCUCAACAGGUAAUGACGAUUUGAGAUUUGAAGCUGGCUUAUUCUAUAUAUAUAUAUAAAAAUAUAAUUGUUUUCAUUUGAUUUGGCAGAGUUAAUUUGAAAGAAAUCUACUAUACAAAUUUUAGUACAUCGUAUACAUGUAUAACCUGCUAUUUUUGAACACUUAAUGUGCUAUGCCAACUCUGUUUUACUCUCCAAAAUUUUGCGUAGAAUAUGAAACGAGGAAUGAAAGUAAAUCUGGCAGAGUUGCUACUAGUGCUGCAUGAACUUUAAAUUUUUAAUGUACAAAUGAUAUAAUUAUUUGACAUUUUAUAAUGCAAAUCUUGAUUUUUUUAAUGAGUUUUGUUUUACCAAAUGCUUUUAUCUUGUGUGCACCGAGUUAACACUGGAGUGUCCCAUUAUAAGGCUUUUUUUUAAACUAUAGCCUUUAAUUUGGUCAGUUGCAGCUUCUGAAGUUUCAGUGGAUUUGUACUAAGGAUGAGAGAACUUUUGGAAUCUGAUUAGUGCCUUUUAAUGAAGGAAAGUCAAAUUGCCAAUUGACCUUUCCUUCCUAAUUACCUUUCUGUUUUUGCAACAGACAUAGCACUGUUUUAGUUAAACAUCAUCACACUAGUGAUAUUUUUACCAUUUUUCAUAUUCACACAACUAGAAGUAUUAAAUAGAUGAGGAGGAAAUGCCACUAAAAAUAGCAGCGGUUAAAAGUGGGCAUUGAUCUACAAAGGGAUAAAGGGCAUGUCUAAUCAGAGUGGUUUGCUCAUCCUUAAUGCACCUCUGGCUGCAGUAUAUAUCCUUUACAAGCAACAAGGUAUGGACUGGCUUCUGCAUUGUACCAGAAGUGAAUGAAUUUCCUAGCUGAAUCAAGCUGAAUAGGCAGUUACUCCUGUAAUGGGAUGUACACUAUCCACUUUGUCACUUUCUUUAUCUUUUGGAACAUGGAUAGCAUUUCCUAAUGGACAUUCAGCCCAACAGGUCCAAUGCAUUUUUCCAGGCAAUUCAAUGUUACACAUCGUCUCAUGAACUUUUUUGUAGUUCAUGAUUUAAAUCCUGCUUUAGCAUCAUAUGAAAAUACCUUCCACCAUUUGUAAUUGUGACACAGUACCAUUGAAAGUAGUAGGCAAAUGGAAUGUUUAAAAAUUGAGUGCAAAAAAUUUCUUGUUUUAUGUUACAAAAUCUUUAAAGUUUGAUCAUUUUAUUUUCAGUUUAAUAUGAUCUUUAUUUUACUUGGUUCUGAGCCCCUGAUGCUGCUCUAAGCCAGCCAUUAAUGGGAAGACUGAUAUAUUCAGAAUUUGCUAAUCUUUGUGCCGUGCUCACCUUUUAUAUGAGGACUUGUGUGUGAGGGUAUGAUCAAAGUAAACUAUUGAAGUCUCCAAGUCAGGAACUUAAGUUAGAGUUCUUGUAUAUUAUUUUAAGUAAAAUGAAUACAGUAGGAAGUGCAUGUCUAAGCCAUGGCCUGCUCUUAAGCAUUCUACCAGUUUAAGCUACAGAAUCUAUUUGGAAGGUGCGGGGCAGGAAUAAGAACGUUAUUGUUAUAACUGUUACAUUAGAAAAUUCUAAAUAAACAGUGACUUGUAGUGCCAUGGUGAUUCUUUCCAGUUAAUAUUGCUGAGUACUGCAGUGGAAGUGCUGAGCCAAUCUGAUUAUUGACUUUGUGUCCCAGAUAGGCAAUUCAAAUUCAAAGGAAUCCCAAAUUAUAAGAAAAUCAUUUGGGAUUGGUUCAUAUAAUUUUCUUUGGUGUAAACCAUUUUAAUAGCAUCAAAUAUUUUUACAAUAUGGAAAUUAAUAUUCAGACAGGCAUAUUGCAUUCUUUAGGUAUUUUAAGUAUACAUUUAAUAUUCCUCUGUUUAAUUGUUACAAUGAAAGGCUAACAUAAAAGUGAAGAUCUGUGCCUUAGCACACUAGUCACAAGAUUCUAAACGGACCCAUUCAAGAUGUGGGAUGCAGGAAAUGAUGUCAAAGCAGGUAGUAAGUAAGUUAAUCAUUGAUGUGGGCAGUUUUUUCAUUAGGGUGAUAUUUAUUUCACCACCAGUAUCAGUAUCCAAAAUUGUGAAUAUUAGUGCUCUUUAAUAUUCCUAGAGGGAGAGGAGGGAAGAGAAAAUGAGCAAUUUACUGAGACAGUUAUUCUAAAAUGUAGCCAUUAACAAAGCAGCAAAUGUAACAGCCAUUCAUAAGCAUGUUGCUAGCCAGCUAGAAAUAAAUUCAAGUCUACUUUCUUCUGCAGUGGCUGCAGUGUUUCAUUGCUUUAGUUUUUUUAAAAAAUUGGGAGUAUUUCCUAUUCCCUGUCUUGAAAAGAUCCAAAUAGUGUCAGGGUAAAGACAGAACUGUAGGAAGUGACCUCAAGGUGGCAGGGUAGACUGAAAGUAGCAAAACUUCGGAAAUUUGGAUUUGAGUUUUUAUUUUGGAAGAGGUGGAGGUGGUCUCUCGUUGCUGCCUGUCCAAUUUUGAUUUCUAGAAUUGUAAUGAAUGGUUAGAAUUCCAUUUUAAAGACCAACCAAAUCUUUGAAAUUGUCUAAGGAUAUAUGUUGAAGUCCUAGUCUAUAUCCUUGAUUUUAUGUUGCAAUUGGUACACAAAGGGUUAAACGUGGUAAUUUACUUGUGUGACUACCUGCUUGCCUGUAUAAUCCGCCUUAGAGAUGUUUUGCUAUGCUUCACAUAGCCUGUAUACAAAAGCGUGACCACCUCUGUCAAAAAGGACUGUGGAUACUAUACAACCAUUGCAUCACUUGUGAACUGUCUUGGUUUUAAAAAAAAAACAAAAACAACAAAAAAAUCUGUUUAACAUUAUUACUUGAAUGCUUCUGUUUGUGACUGAAUUUUUAUUUCAUUUUAAUAUAAAUUUUGUGACGUAUGCUUGAUGUUUAUCCCUGUAAAUAUAAUUUGUUCUGUGUGACUCAGUUCCGAAUAGAUACUGGUACUGUAAUUUGCAUUAAAUAAAAAGUAGGAUAGGCCACAAACAAUUCAUAGUCCCUUCCUGUCUAAUUUUGUAAGUCUUCCUUUUUAAUGUGCAGUUGAUUUUGAUCAAGUAAAAUGGUUAAUCCUUUCACAGGUAUUGACCAGUAAUGUAAGAUUGCAAUGUAGUCUGCCUUUGUGUCUUUAAUAAAAUGUCUUAACUGUA